UUGCCGAGGGAGACCACAGUUUACUUUCCAAUAUGGCGGACGACACCACAAAAAUUAACACACAACAAGUGAUUUAGGACGAAAAAUCGCUGUCUGAAUUAUAUAUUGCAGCAUUCAAACAUGUUAUCUCAGGGCUCGCAGUCUUCGGAGCUGGCGGCUAUGGUCACAAAUGCAGUUGAAAAGCUUCAAACUCUCGGUGAAGCUAUGAAAGCUGAUAAAUGUGAUGCAAUGAAGUCCGCCGAAGUCCAGAAUGUGAUAUUUGCCGUCAAAGAACUUGAGGCAGAGAGAACUCGUCUUCAUGAAAUACUGGAAACAGAGACUAUCAAAGCCAGUGUGCUUAGGUACAAAUUACAGUAUUACCCUUUGGAUAUUCGCAAAGAGAUUCAAGUUGCUGUGGCAUCUGCAAGACAGUCAAAUGAAGCAGAGAUCAAACGUCUCAAGGAUCAACUUGAGACAAUUCAUAAGAAUAUUAAUGCAUUAGAGAGCAAGCAGCAGGAUUUAGAAACUGAAAACUCAAAACUACAGCCUGCUAGAGAUGCCAUGCAGACUGGGCAUGAUGAGAUCAUUGCUUUACUCAACCAAAAAAUGGCAGACAAAGCAAGCAAACAGAUAACAUUAAAUGAGACAAGAGAUCACUUGAGGGAGACUUACAAGCGGAUUAUUGAUCUUGAGGACUCAAUUGUCCAGCUAAAGGAAGACCUUGUACAUGAGAGAGAAAUGGCCAGACAGGAGAAAGAAAAUCUCCAGCAGUCAGUGGUUGACACUCAGAAGAAGGUGGAAGAUCAAAGAGUAACAAAUGCAUUUAAGCGAAAAGAAAUAGAAAAGUUACAAGAAGAACUGGUCGAUAGUGAGUCAUCCCUUGACACAAGAAAAAAGGCUAUAAGAAAGUUUGAGACAUCAAGAUCCAAGCUAGAAGCACAGGAGGUUCAGUUAAAUCGACAGCUGCAAAAAGAAAUACGGGACAACUCUGCCUUGACACAGGAAGGAAUGAAGAUUGUCAAAGAACACAAUGAGCUGCAAGAAAAGCUGAUGUCUCGUAAGGAUGAGUUACAAAACACGCUCAAUCAGGUUUUGGGUAACCUUUCCAAGCUUGACGAAGAAGACAAGGAAAUAACAGCAGAAAAGAACUCGCUCAACAGAGAUUUAGAGAAUGCUCUGGAGGUUAAGGAAAAAGACGCUGAAGUUGUUAGGGAUUAUGAAAGAAGGUUGUUACGCUGUAAAGAAGCUUUGAACCAGAAGAACUCUGAAUGUGCCAGGAUAAAAAGAGAGAAUGUAGAGCUUGAGUCAGAAAUCGAACAGCUGAAAGAGAGCCACCAGGCAGCUGUAGAGGUUUACAACAAGCAAAUUGAUGAGUCAAAGACUUCUUUGAACGCAGAGCGUAAAGACAGGCAAGUCCUUCAGACCAAGAGAGACCAUGUUACCAAGGAGUCCAAUGAAUUCAAGUCUGAUUACGGCAAGUACAUGGCCUCCAUGUCCAAGAAAGUCACUGAAGGGAAGCAAGAGCAUGCAAGGCUUACAGAAUAUGGCACUAAGCUACAAAAGGACCUUAAGCAGGAUGAGCUGGACAUCAUCAGUAAACAGAAGCAGCUGAAGAAAGCUAAGCAAGACUACACAGGUUUACAGAAGAAGCUUAAAGUAGAGCUCAAAGGGUUACAGGAAAGUAUUGGAAGACUAGAGAAAGACAAAGGCAAUAAAAAGGAAAUCAUCGAAGAUAAAACGCCCGUUUUUAAGGAUCUCGAGGCACAGUUCAAGGAAAGAACAGAAGAAUUUGAAAAGAUGAAAAAAGACGUUGUAGGUUUGAAAAACAAGAAAUCGAGCUUAGAGACAUCUGUUCAGCGCGCUGAAAAGGAUCUUGAGAAGAUGGCCGGUCCUCAGACCCAACUUCGUGAGCAGUUGCGCUUGUGUCGAGCAGAGGCCAUCGGUCAGCUCAAAAGGCACUCAGAAAGUAUACAACACAUCGAGAAAGACAUCUUUACUUCCGGUCAGAAACUUGGUGCCGUGCUCAAGGAGAACCACAGACUUAAGGAGGCCAUCAAGAAACUCCAGGCAGAUCUAGUCAUUAUCAGCGGACAGAUGAGCGCUAAUGAUGUCACGCAAGAAGCGCUGGACAAGCAGUUGGUUGACUUUAGAGAUUUACUAAAGGAAGGCUGGACCGAAGACUUAAAGUUAGACAAGGAAUUCGCUGAACGAGAUAUCAAGUUGCUUACCAACAUAGAGAGGCUACAGAAAGAGACACAGAUCAGGGAAGAAAAGAUCGAUGUGAUUCAUCAACAGCUUGAAGAGCAACUUGGGGUGCUGGCAAACUUUAUGGAUGGAAUUGCUAGUCUUAGACCUAAAGAUACUGCUCAGUCUAACAAGAGGUAUGGGAAAGGUGAGAAUGACAAUUCAAAAGAGCAAAUCGAUGAUGGAAUGGCUUCCCCUCCAUUACAAAGAAAGACACAGACUUUACCAGAAAACCCUGCAAGUACGGCUGAAGAUUCAGAAAACCCAGAACCAUCGUCACAACCCUCUAAAACCAGCUAACCCCUCAAAAAUGCAUUAAUGAAAAAAGUAAAAUUCUGUAAAUAUUAUGUAUUAAUAUUUGUACAUUUAAAAAACGUUUUUUAUUAAAAAUGUUAUUCCAGAAA